GUGAGCGCCCCUGGCCGGACGAGAAGAAAGUAUCUGCUCCUCUGAGGGGGGAAAGAAGGAGCUGGAGACAGAUUGUGGGAACGAACGCGGGCGGGCGGGAGGCGACGGAGCUACCAGCGGCUCCGCUCUGCUCUAUGAAAUAUGGGAGACGACAGACCGUUUGUGUGCAAUGCCCCGGGCUGUGGACAGAGAUUUACAAACGAGGACCACCUGGCAGUUCAUAAACACAAGCAUGAGAUGACAUUGAAAUUUGGCCCAGCCCGAACUGACUCAGUCAUCAUUGCAGAUCAAACUCCUACUCCGACUAGAUUCCUGAAGAAUUGUGAGGAGGUGGGGCUCUUCAAUGAAUUAGCUAGCUCCUUUGAACAUGAAUUCAAGAAAGCUGCAGAUGAGGAGGAAAAAAAGGCUGCUGCUGGGCCCCUUGACAUGUCUUUGCCUUCCACACCAGACAUCAAAAUCAAGGAAGAAGAGCCAGUGGAGGUAGACUCAUCCCCACCUAAUAGCCCUGCCUCUAGUCCCUGCUCCCCGCCACUCAAGGAAAAGGAGGUGGCCCCAAAGCCUGUCGUGAUCUCUACCCCCACACCUACCAUCGUGCGCCCUGGCUCCCUACCUCUCCACUUGGGCUAUGAUCCACUUCACCCGACCCUUCCCUCCCCAACUUCUGUCAUCACACAGGCUCCACCAUCCAACAGGCAGCUGGGGUCUCCCACUGGCUCCCUCCCUCUCGUCAUGCAUCUUGCUAAUGGACAGACUAUGCCUGUGCUGCCAGGGCCUCCGGUACAGAUGCCUUCUGUUAUAUCGCUGGCCAGACCUGUGUCUAUGGUGCCCAACAUUCCUGGUAUCCCUGGCCCACCAGUUAACAGCAGUGGUUCCAUUUCUCCCUCUGGCCACCCUAUGCCAUCAGAAGCCAAGAUGAGACUAAAAGCCACCCUAACCCACCAAGUCUCCUCAAUCAAUGGUGGAUGUGGAAUGGUGGUGGGUACUGCCAGUACCAUGGUGACAGCCCGUCCUGAGCAGAGCCAGCUCCUCAUCCAACACCCUGAUGCCCCAUCCCCUGCCCAGCCACAGGUCUCACCAGCCCAGCCCACUCCCAGCACGGGAGGACGACGGCGACGCACAGUGGAUGAAGAUCCUGAUGAACGGCGGCAGCGUUUUCUGGAGCGCAACCGGGCUGCAGCCUCCCGCUGCCGUCAAAAGCGGAAGCUCUGGGUGUCCUCCCUCGAGAAGAAGGCAGAGGAACUCACUUCUCAGAACAUUCAGCUGAGUAACGAAGUCACAUUGCUACGCAAUGAGGUGGCUCAGUUGAAACAGCUACUGUUAGCUCAUAAAGACUGCCCGGUUACUGCACUACAGAAAAAGACCCAAGGCUAUUUAGAAAGCCCCAAGGAAAGCUCAGAGCCGACGGGUUCUCCAGCCCCUGUGAUUCAGCACAGCUCAGCAACAGCCCCUAGCAAUGGCCUCAGUGUUCGCUCGGCGGCUGAAGCUGUAGCUACCUCGGUCCUCACUCAGAUGGCCAGCCAAAGGACAGAACUGAGCAUGCCGAUACAGUCGCAUGUGAUCAUGACCCCACAGUCCCAGUCUGCGGGCAGAUGAUGCCUCCCCUGGUGGAGAGGUCCCCAGUCAGAGCUCGCCCGCCCGAGAGCCAAGAGAGAUGUCAUCUUAUCGCCUCCCAUCUGCCUUGGACAUGGCAAUAUGGGGGGGGAAUUGUGUGUUGUGAGUAAUGGACAGAUGUGGGGCUUUUCAGCCACAUGCUCAUGUACAUUGACACCUGUACUAGGAGCCUCCCAGCCCCAGAGCCACAUAGAUCAUCCCCUGCGGGGCAGUUUCUGAUGUACCCACAGCCAAAGGCCUUUCCAGAUGGUCCGAACAAUCACCCCUGCCCGUGCAUGUGUACCUGUCUCUUUUAACACUAACCCUUGCACUGCUAGGUUUUGGGUUUCUCAGUUUCCUCUCUUCCCACUAAGCCAUGGCUGUUACCUUCCUGUUCCUUAGCAGCACGCCACUUCCUGCUAGGUAGGGGAGGCUAGUAUUGAUGGCAAGUCACCGCUGGCCCGCCCCAGCCACCCAGUGGGCUCAGGACUUUGUCUCCCAUUAAUUGCUUAUUUUAUCCCUUUACCCCCUUCCUGAAGUCUCGUUGAAACAUUCACUUACGGCGAAUGUAAAAUUACCCUUGAUGUAUGAAUUAGCAGUAUUUUCCAGCUCUUCCAUAAACUUUAGUCCUUCUCCCUACCUGCCACCAAAAAAACCCAAAAACAAACAAACAAAAAAAACAAAAAAACAAAGCAAAAAGAAAGAAACAAAACCCCAAGAAUUCUAGUCCUUUGUCAGCUAUUUCCAGAGAUAUUUGGGUCUCUCGUUUUGUGUCUUGAGUUUUCUCAGUCUACUGGUGGGGCCCUUUCCACCUAC